AUGGAAGAAAUAGAAACUAUAAUACAAGAACCAUCCAAACAAAGUCAUCCAUUAUUAUCAUUUUCAUUAUCAGGUGAUUCAGCAGUUUUUUAUCCAUCAGUAGAGGAUUUAAGAUUAAUUUAUGCUUUAAGUGAAAAUAAACUAAAAGAAUUACUAAAUCAAAAGAGACAAAUAGAAGAAGAGAUAAGAAAAAUACAAGACAAAAUCAUUAGAAUGGAGAUUGAAUUACAAAAUAAUCAAUUUUGUGAAAUUAGAAAAAUUCAAUCAAAUUUUAAUAAUAUUAAAAUAAUCGAAUAA